AUGACCACCGGCUCGGAGAUUUCCCGAGAGGACCAGCUCCUUCUCACCUCCUCUUCCUCCUCCUCGAAGCCGAAGAAGAAGCGCUCUAAGCGGCAGCUGAACACGACCUACUUCAAGCAGCGAUUCCUCCUCUUUUCCCGCUUCAACGAGGGCAUCCGCCUCGACCGCGAGUCCUGGUACUCGGUGACGCCCGAGCCCAUAGCGCGGCACAUUGCCGAGCGCAUCGAGCGGGCGCUGAUCAGGCACAGUGCUGCAUCCACCUCACCAUCAUCUUCAGCAAACCAGUUCAUCAUCCUGGACGGCUUCUGCGGCGCCGGCGGCAACACCAUUCAGUUUGCUCUGAUGCCCAGCACUGCCCUCGUCUACGCCGUGGACAUUGAUCCGCGGAAGAUUGAGCUGGCCCGCCACAACGCCUCCAUCUACGGCUGCCUCGACAAGAUUCAGUUUAUUGUGGCGGACUUUUUCGAGGUGAUCCAGGGCGACCGCCUGCCCUGCAGCCUCGUCGACGCCUGCUUCCUCAGUCCACCCUGGGGCGGCCCCGACUACCUCACCUACGAGAGCUACUCGCUGGCGCAGAUGACGCCCGACGGCUUUGAGAUUGCCCGCCGCGUCGCCGACCGUGUCACCAAGAACAUUUCCUUUCUCCUGCCGCGCAACUUUGACAUGGGCGAGCUGCCUUCACUCAGCUCCAUCGUCUACCAGAACGACGUGGGCAGCGGCGAGAUGGAAAAGUCGGUGGAGAUUGAGGAGAACAUGCUCUACAAGAAGGUAAAGACACUCACUGCCUACUUUGGCCAUCUGGUCAUCAGAAAGGAGGGCGAUGAUGGUGGUGGCAGUGGUGACGGUGGUGCUGAUGAGAAGGAGGUGAGCGCGCUCUUCAAGACGGCGCAGGUGUGCUCUCCGCCGCCAAUCUACCUGGCCGACGAGGAGGAAGAGGAGGAGUAG